AUGGCAAUAUGCAAAAGUAAAUACAAAAAUUUUGGAUCGGAAGACGAUAAAUUAUUGUACAAAACUUGUACUGAGUCUCCUGAACAUUUUCAUAUAUAUUUUAGAGAAUUAAGAAAUCAUUUAUUGAGAUAUAACAAAUAUGAAGAAUUAUACAACUACUGUUGCAACAGUUUGACAAAUAUAAAAAAUAAUCCUAUGUCUAGAAUAACAACAUUAAAAUUAAUUAGUAUAACAUUAAUACAGAAACCGAAAAAUAUAAAUCACUUAAUUAAUAAAAAAAUUAUUACAUAUGCAUAUAAACUAUUAAAAAGAGACAAAGAAGGAGUUAAUAAAAAAUAUAUCUCUUAUUUUGGUGAUAUAAAAAGUGAAGAAAGAAAUUUAAUUGUUACAGAAUCAAAACAUCUUUUUAGAAUUAUUAAAAACAUAACCUUAAUAAAAAAUUCAAAAGAACAAAAAUUUAUUAAAAAUAUAAUAAAAAAAAUAGAAAAUAAAAAAAUUAUAAUACCAGAGAAAUUUGAAACUUCUCACAGCAUAUUACUAUAUGAUUUUGAUAAUUGCAAAAAAGAGAUAUAUGAACUUUUAGAAAAUGAUCAUGGAAAUCAUCAUAAAAUAGAAUAUGUAUAUUCAAAUUAUAUCAAGUUGUUAGAUGAAGUAAAAAAAAAAACAAGAGAUUUUUUAUAUAAUGGAGAAUAUCAACUAUAUUGCGAUUUUAUUAGAGAAACUCAAGACGAAGAAGAGGUAAAUAUUAGGUAUGAAUCCUAUUUAUUAUGUCUUCAAGAUAAGACAUAUAAGGAAAGAGAAGUUAAAGAAUUAAGCCAAGAUAGUAUAUUAUUAGAAGAAGAAAUGAAUAAAAAAAGUAAAAACAUUUCAAAUUUGAAAAGUGAGAGAUUGUUUAGUUCUUCUUCUAGCAUUUUAACUAAAAAGAACAUCCAAGAUAAAAAAGAGUUCAAUCCAUCAACACAAGACUUUUCAAAUAAUUUUGAAAAGUUUGAGAUAAAUUCUUAUAACAAAAAUGUUUAUUAUGAUGGCUCCGUAGAUAAAGAAAGUGAAAUAAAUAAAAAGAAUCUUAAAAGAGAAGGAAAAGAUAAAAAAAAAGGGGAGAUGAAUUAUCAAGUUGUAAUAAAUAAUGAUGAAGAAAAUAAAAAAUAUCAAAUUUCAGAAGGUGAGAAAAAGAAAGAACAAGAGAUAUAUUUAGAGAAAGAUGAAAAAGAAGAAAAAAAAAAAAAGGGAAAAAAAAAAGAAAAAUUACAAAAUAUAAAUUUUAAACAUGAAGAGAAAGAAAAAAAAAGUGAACUAGAAAUAUAUUUAACAGAAGAGGGAGAAAAAAAGAAGGAAGAUGAAAUAAAUUUAGAAGAGAAAGAACAAAAUUUUUUGACCUAUAAUGAAAAAUUUGAUAUAAGAGAAAUUAAAAAAAAUACCAAUGAAGAAACUGAUGUAAAAGAUGGUACUAUAACAAAACAUUCAUCAAAUAAGAAUGUUGAGUAUAAUGAAGAAUAUACUGUAUUAGAAAAUAAUUAUUAUAAAGAAAAGGAAAAAAUAAAUUUUUUUAAUGAAAAUAAAAUUAUUUUAGAUUUCAUAAAUAAAAUAUAUGUCAAUGAUAAGAAGGAAUAUAAAAUAUAUCAACCAGAUAAUAUAAAUUGUUGUAAUUAUAAAAAAUAUGUAAGGAACAAUAAGGAAAGAGAUACAUUCUAUAGUGAUAGUUUUGACACGGCUGAAAAUGAAAUAAUAAAUGAAUUUAACUCUAUGUUAAAUGAAGAAAAAAGGGAAAAUAGCGUUGUAAAUUCAUAUAAAAAUAUAGAAUUUAAAAAUACAAUUAAUAGAAAUGAUAGUUUUAUAUGGAAUAAUCUAAUUAAAAAAAGUAACUUUUAUAGAAUAAAGGAAGAUUUUUUAAAUUAUAAUAAAUUUUUAAAGGAAAAAGAAAAAGAAACAAAAAUAAAAACUCUCGGUGAUCUGUUGGGAAUGAAUAAAUACAUUAAAUUAAAGAAAAAUACUAAUAAAUAUAAAAGUAAAAAGACAAAUCCGGAUGAAUUAAAUAGUCUUAUCAAAAAAUAUACAAAACAUAUUAACGUAAAAACAAUGUUGGGAAAUCAUAAGGCACCUGAAACAUUAUUUAAUGAGAAAAAAAUGGAAAUUACAGUAGAAGGAAAUAAAGAAAAAAAUAUAGAAAGUGAUAAAAAAAAAACAGAACUGAAGAAGGAAAAUGUUUCUUUAACUUCUUUUAACAAAUACUUUACUUUAUAUGACAAUAUAAAGAACAUGCAAAAAACAAUUUUAAAAGAUAAUUCAUUGCUAUAUAAUGAUGAUAAUAUAGAGAUAUCUCUAGAACAAUAUUAUUUUGGUAAUGGAGGUUUGAUAAAGUUAUAUUUGAAAAACAAAAAAUUAGUAAAUUUUUAUGAUAUUGAUAUACAAUUUUCUAAUAAAAUAUUAUUCCCUUUAAAAUUUAAGUUUCUAAAUUACGAAAAAACGUUGUGUUAUAAUGCAACAAAUUGCUAUGAAAUAGCAGUUAAGUGUUUACAUAUAUACAAAGGAUUUCCAUUAAUAAAAAUUUCCUUUAGGAUGCAAGAUAUGUUCAAAAAAAGUAUUGACUUAAGAUUGCCUAUAUCAAUCAACAAAUUUAUGAAGAAAAUGAAAAUAACAAAAGAAGUUUUUAAUAAAUUUUGGAAUAAUGAAAAAUUUAAUUUAUACAAAAAAGAGAAAAUUAUUUUUAAAAGAGAUAUUGUAGAUAAGGAAUUCAUUUUUAAGAAUUCUUGUUUGGGUGAUGCACUGAGUGUAUGCUAUAGUGAAGAUAGAAUUUAUUUUUUUGGUUGUUAUUCUGAGAAUUCAGAUAUAAUGGAAAAUUAUUUUGUUCUUGUAGCAGUUGAGAUAAAAAAAAAAAAAUUAAAGAUUACAUGCAAAUCAAAUAAUCCUACACUAUCAUCUGCUAUCUUAUUUUUGAUGAUAUUAUUAUAUAAGAAUCAUGAAAAAAAGUAA